AUGCCAAAUCCGCCAGCUAAAGAGGAUACCUGGGCUUUUGGGCCGAUUGGUUCUCCUUUCCCGGAUAAUCCAGUCCGAGCCACUGGACAGCAAAAUAUGUAUGUGGCCUUAUGGUACAAACACGGCAAACCAAUUCAUGGACGAGCGUGGAACAAUGGCGGUGUCAUCGAAUGCUCGUUCCCGUAUAUCAAGGCAGAACUGACUGGUGCCAAAGAUCUUGGCGGACAAAUUCAGAAAUUAGUCCAUGAUAGAAGCUUUCAGGUAUUGCAGUACAAAGGCGAUCAUUUAACGUUAGGUUUUUGGUAUAAUUGGAUUAAAUAUAAGGAUCGCUUCGAGAAAUUUGAAAAAGGAGCUGAAUUGCUGCGCUGCGGUGAUUCGUUCCCCAUCUUUUGGCAAGAUCGAAAGGAAGGACCGCUACUCGGCUACGUUGAUAAUAAAACUGAAAUCGCGAGAUUUUCACAUGACGGAAAAGUGGAAGAGAUUUCUGGUGGUGCACUGAAUGAUAUGCUUAUUAUUGUUCGGGAACUAAAGGGUGGACCACCAAAUUGUGUUUGUCACGAAUGUAGUGCUGGACCACCCAAACCGGUUAUUCGUGUUACGCUUGAUGAAUGGGCCGAUUUUCGUUGUGGUGAUCCAUGGCCAACAAAUGGCAAACCAAUCCAGGCUCUCAAUCGCGCUCUUAAUACUUUGUCUGGUGAGAAUCCGAACCAGUACGUAGCCUUAUGGUAUCAGUCUGGUGAACCAGUUAUGGGUCGUAUUUGGAAUGAUGGUGGCAAAAUUGCCGCUUGUUUUGGUUGGGGUGGUCAUGAAUAUCGCAAAAAUAUCGGUUCGAUCCAAGUUUUAUUCGAACUUCCGGAACAAGUACGUGGUUUCGAUUACUCCUGGAAACCGUUUAAGGAAGCAGCUCAAUUCGGUGUCAAAGAAUGGAUUCCAGUACACGUGGAUCAUCAUAAGGGAAACAUUUCUCCCGCUGUUUUAAUCAUCGAUGGUAAAGAGAUUCUUGGUAAAGCUGAUAUUCGUAACGAACGUGCUACGGUAGGCCAUGGUGGGAAUGAAAAAGUUUACGUUGGUCCUGCAGUACAUACAUCCGUUGUUUUAUGCCGAAAAGCAAAGCCCGGCUGUACUAUAGAAUGA